GUAGAGUGGAGUCAAUGUCACGUGUCUGACUUGCUUCGAGCCCGCUUUGAGAUCGACUACCGCACCGACCUGAUUGAGCUUCUCGUGGACGCGGCACGAUGCAUGAUCUUGGAGGCAAGCGUUGGACUGGGGGUUCUGAGACACGUUUUCACGCCUGCUGCCAGCCCUCGAUGCCAUCUUGGGUGCCCGACUGGCGACAAAAAGUUCGUCUGGCAGCGGUAUUCUUAUGCUUCGUGGAUUCAGCAAACGUUGACCCGUCCUCUAUACACACCGCUGCCCGGCCCUGUGCAUGUCUGUCUCAAGGGCUCACAACUGCACAUACAAGGCGCUAUCAUGCAAGAGACUGAGAUCACCAUGCUGACGAGUGCCUGGGAUCAACUUGAUCGCUCAUGGCGAACACCUCAUAGAUGGCACACAGAGUUUCUGGCCAGUUUCAACAACUGCCCGGCUCUGGACGUAGCAAUUCGUCCGAGUAUGGUAGCUAACAGAUCCUGCGCCGAGGGAAGCCGCAAGGAACAUGGCUACAAGGGUCAGUACACCUAUGGCAGGAUGCUGAAAUGGGAAGUGAUCGAGACAACAGCCUCUGUUUCAGAUCCAUCUUUGAAGGUCCGUCCAUCCGAUAUGUUUGCCAAUCUGUAUGGUGCCUGCUAUGGCCGGAGACUGGCACUUUUGAGCGAUGGGAGAACGGCGAUUCUACCUGCAGGUGCGAAGCAAAGCGAUAAGAUUGCAGUGCUUCGAGACGGUCAUGCUCUGUACGUUCCCAGGCCCUUACAUGGUAGGGAUGAGUAUCAGUUUAUUGGUGCAGGCUUUGUUGACGGUUGGAUAAACGGUGAGAUCGUUGAGGAGGUAGGAGAGGAUAAGCUACAGACAGACCAUAACAGUGAUCCGAUAACCAGAGUAUCUGUGAGAUCGUGCGAUGUUGACAUACAAUCAUGCAAGAGGUUUGACGUUUGCCUCUUGUUGCCAAACACGUGGUGACCAGAUUUCGAGUGCCUCCACGUCGAUUCUCUUCGAAACUAUCGCCAGCAGCCCUGCUCGUUAUUCCACAAAUCGUGCGCAACGUGCUCUAUUCUGAGCUGGGAAAAAGCCACAUUCACCAAGGCAUGAUUGGAGCCCUCACUUCCUGCUCGUGACACGAGUCAGAAGGAAAGCAACGACGGUCAUGCCUCGGGCGCAGAUGAUGGCAGGCAGAUAGAGCUAGUCUCAGAAGCGCUUGGCUUCAUGC